AUGGACGGUGAUCUCUAUGAUGAGUUUGGGAACUACAUAGGACCGGACCUAGAGUCCGAUUCAGAAGAUGAACAAAGUGUGUACGGUCAGGAUAACCGUGAUGCCGAUGAAGACGCAAUGGAGGAAGACGAGGAUGUUGAUGCAGAGCCUGAAGCGGCACCGAUGUCUGUCGUGCUUCAUGAGGACAAGCGCUACUACCCACAAGCAGUGGAAGUAUAUGGGCCUGAUGUAGAAACAGUAGUGCAAGAAGAAGAUACCCAAGCACUAGAUAAGCCUCUUAUCGAACCAGUAAAGCACAAAAAGUUUCAACUUCAAGAACAGCAGCUACCACACACAGUGUAUGAUAUGGAGUACCUUGCUGACAUGCUAGAUAACACCAAUCUUAUGAGGAAUAUUACUUUGAUGGGACAUUUGCAUAAUGGUAAAACCUCCUUUGUUGACUGCUUGAUUCGUCAAACCCACCCAGAUACUAUCAACAAUGAUACAACCAUUCCCAUGCGAUACACAGACACACUUUUUGUGGAGCAAGAAAGAGGAGUAUCUAUAAAAUCAAUGCCAGUCACACUUUUACUUAAGGAUAUUAAAGGAAAGUCCCAUUUACUGAAUAUAAUGGACACCCCGGGACAUGUUAAUUUCAGUGAUGAAGUAACUGCAGCAUUAAGGAUCUCUGACGGUGCCAUACUAUUUGUUGAUGCCGCUGAAGGAAUAAUGCUUAACACGGAACGUUUACUCCGUCACGCUGUUCAAGAACGAGUGCCACUUACUAUUUGCAUCAAUAAAAUAGAUAGAUUAAUCUUGGAACUAAAGUUGCCCCCUGCAGAUGCCUACUACAAACUGAGGCAUAUUAUUGAUGAGUUGAACUCGGUGUGUGAGACGACACAUCCCCAGGACAACCCUGAUGAGCCUGUCACUAUAUUCUCACCUUUGUUGGGCAAUGUGUGUUUCGCCUCAUCUCUAUACGAUGUGUGCUUUACACUGGAAUCUUUUGCGGCUAUGUACGCAAAUACUCAUAGUUCAAGCGGUCUACGCGCAUCAGAUAUGGCCGCCUGGUUAUGGGGAGACGUGUACUUUAAUGCGAAGACGAGACGCUUCACCAAGAAGCAGCCGCACUCUUCUGCUCAGAGAAGCUUCGUUGAGUUCAUUUUGGAGCCAUUGUAUAAGAUAUUUGCUCAGGUGGUGGGGGAUGUGGAUACUACAUUGCCAGACGUGUUAGCUGAGUUGGACAUUAAACUGACGAAGCAGGAGUCUAAACUCAAUGUGCGACCUUUGCUGCGUUUGGUCUGCAGUCGGUUCUUUGGAGACUUUUGCGGCUUCGUGGACAUGGUAACCCGUCACGUACCGUCACCACUUGACGCGGCACCUCGCAAGGUGGCCCACUGCUACCGAGGUGCUUCGGGCCCUCUAUACGAUGACAUGCUCAACUGUGACCAAUCGGGUCGUCUCGUCGCUCACACCACCAAGAUGUACCCUACGGAUGACUGUACCUUCUUCCUUGUCUUAGCUAGGAUAAUGUCCGGUACGUUAUACGCUGGCCAAACGGUACGGGUGUUAGGAGAAAAUUACAGCACACAGGACGAAGAAGAUUCUAGAAUAAUGAACGUGGGACGUCUGUGGAUCUUUGAAGCUAGAUAUAAGGUCGAGUUAAACAGAGUACCAGCUGGUUGCUGGGCUCUCAUCGAAGGCAUUGACCAGCCCAUAGUGAAGACCUGCACUCUGGUAUCGGCAGAUGAGGAAGAGGAGCUUCACACAUUCAAACCCUUACGGUUCAACACCCAAGCCAUUGUCAAGAUAGCAGUUGAACCAGUUAACCCAUCAGAAUUGCCAAAGAUGCUUGAUGGAUUAAGAAAGGUAAACAAAUCAUACCCAGUGUUAUCCACUCGGGUGGAAGAAAGCGGGGAGCAUGUAAUCCUGGGCACAGGAGAGUUAUACCUCGAUUGUGUGAUGCACGAUCUGAGAAAUAUGUACUCCGAGAUAGAUAUCAAAGUUGCUGAUCCCGUCGUAUCAUUCUGUGAGACUGUGGUGGAAACUUCAUCUCUUAAGUGUUUCGCUGAAACACCGAACAAGCGGAAUAAGCUCACCAUGAUAGCAGAGCCCUUGGAACGAGGUCUCGCUGAGGACAUAGAGGCUGGUGCUGUCUGCGUCACUUGGGACAGAAAAAGACUUGGUGAAUUUUUCCAGACCAAAUAUGAUUGGGAUUUGCUAGCGGCUCGAUCGAUCUGGGCGUUUGGUCCAGACGCCACCGGUCCCAAUAUUUUAGUUGAUGACACCUUGCCCUCGGAAGUCGACAAGCAUUUGUUGGCCUCAGUCAAGGAUAGUAUUGUACAAGGAUUUCAGUGGGGUACCAGAGAAGGACCGCUUUGUGAGGAGCCCAUACGAAAUGUCAAAUUCAAGAUCCUGGACGCGGUCAUAGCGCAAGAACCACUGCACCGCGGUGGAGGACAAAUCAUUCCCACAGCGAGAAGGGUGGCGUAUUCUGCAUUUUUGAUGGCAACACCGCGCCUAAUGGAGCCCUACUUGUUUGUUGAAGUGCAAGCGCCGGCUGAUUGCGUGUCUGCGGUUUAUACAGUGUUGGCUAAACGUAGAGGGCACGUGACUCAAGAUGCGCCGGUGCCAGGAUCUCCCCUCUACACGAUAAAGGCGUUCGUGCCGGCCAUAGACUCGUUCGGCUUCGAGACGGAUCUGCGCACGCACACGCAAGGUCAGGCGUUCUGUCUGCAAGUGUUCCACCACUGGCAGAUUGUGCCGGGCGAUCCUUUGGACAAGAGCAUUGUUAUACGACCCUUGGAGCCGCAGCCUGCAACUCAUUUAGCUCGAGAAUUCAUGAUAAAAACUCGACGGCGCAAAGGCCUUAGUGAGGACGUGUCUAUUAACAAGUUCUUCGAUGACCCUAUGUUGUUGGAGCUUGCCAGACAAGAUGUGCAGUUCAAUUAA